CAGCUGCAGCGGAGCCGCGGAGCGGGCGGCGGGGCCGGGGCAUUGAGCUUCGGGAGCGCGGAAUGUGAGGCUCGGCGGCCCGAAGCACUCACGGACGCUCGGACGGGCGAGAGGCGGCGACCCCUCGCGGACGACCGGCCGUUCCGGGCUGCGGACUCGCCCUCUCGCUCGCCCUUGUGCACUCCCCGCGCCCUCCAGCGCGCCGGCGGGACCAUGAAGAAGUUCUCUCGAAUGCCCAAGUCGGAGGGCAGCGGAGGAGGAGCGGCGGGCAGCGGAGCCGUCGGGGUCGGGGCCGGCUCUGGCUCUGGGAGCUCCUCCGUGGGGGUCCGGGUGUUCGCGGUCGGCCGCUAUCAGGUCACCCUGGAGGAGUCGCUGGCUGAAGGUGGAUUUUCCACAGUUUUCCUGGUGCGGACUCAUGGUGGAACCCGCCAUGCAUUGAAGCGAAUGUAUGUCAACAACUUGCCAGACCUCAACAUUUGUAAAAGGGAAAUUAAAAUUAUGAAAGAGCUAUCUGGACACAAAAAUAUUGUGGGUUAUCUGGACUGUGCUGUUAAUUCAAUUAGUGAUAAUGUUUGGGAAGUGCUUAUCUUAAUGGAAUAUUGUCGAGCUGGGCAAGUAGUGAAUCAGAUGAAUAAGAAGCUGCAGACAGGUUUUACGGAACCGGAAGUGUUACAGAUAUUCUGCGAUACCUGUGAAGCUGUUGCAAGGUUACAUCAGUGUCAGACUCCAAUAAUUCAUCGGGACCUGAAGGUGGAAAAUAUUUUAUUGAAUGAUGGUGGAAACUAUGUACUUUGUGAUUUUGGCAGUGCCACUAACAAAUUUCUUAAUCCUCAAAAAGAUGGAGUUAAUGUAGUAGAAGAAGAAAUUAAAAAGUAUACAACUCUGUCAUACAGAGCCCCUGAAAUGAUCAACCUUUAUGGAGGAAAACCCAUCACCACCAAGGCUGAUAUCUGGGCACUGGGAUGUUUACUGUAUAAACUUUGUUUCUUCAUGCUUCCCUUUGGUGAGAGUCAGGUUGCCAUCUGUGAUGGCAGCUUCACCAUCCCAGACAAUUCUCGUUACUCCCAUAACAUACAUUGCUUAAUAAGGUUUAUGCUUGAACCAGAUCCAGACCGUAGACCUGAUAUAUUUCAAGUGUCCUAUUUCGCAUUUAAAUUUGCCAAAAAGGACUGUCCAGUCUCCAAUAUCAAUAAUUCUCCUAUUCCUUCAACUCUUCCUGAACCCAUGACUGCUAGUGAAGCAGCUUCUAGGAAAAGCCAAAUAAAAGCCAGAAUAACAGAUACCAUUGGACCAACAGAAACCUCAAUUGCACCAAGACAAAGACCAAAGGCCAACUCUACUACUGCCACUCCCAGUGUGCUGACCAUUCAAAGUUCAGUAACACCUGUUAAAGUCCCUGUACCUGGUGAAUUUGGUAACCACAGAGCAAAAGGAGCACUGAGACCUGGAAGUGGCCCUGAGAUUUUACUGGGUCAGGGGCUCCCUCAGCAGCCUCCUCAGCAACACAGAGUACUUCAGCAACUGCAGCAAGGAGAUUGGAGAUUGCAGCAACUGCAUUUGCAGCACCGUCAUCCUCACCAGCAGCAACAGCAGCAGCAGCAGCAGCAGCAGCAGCAGCAGGAUGCUUAUAUGCAGCAGUAUCAACAUGCAAUGCAGCAGCAACAGAUGCUUCAACAACAGUUUUUAGUGCAUUCAGUGUAUCAGCCACAGCCUUCUGUACCACAGUAUCCUGCAAUGAUGCAGCAGUAUCAGCAGGCUUUCUUGCAGCAGCAGAUGCUAGCUCAACAUCAGCAGCAGUCUCAGCAACAGGCAUCACCUGAGUAUCUUACCUCCCCUCAAGAGUUUGCACCAGCCUUAAUUUCCUAUGCUUCACCACUUUCAGCUCAAGUUGGAACCAUAUUGGACUCCUCUUCUAGUGCCAACAGGUCAGUUGCUGAUAAAGAGGCAGUUGCAAAUAUUACAAAUCAGAAGAACAUCAGUAACCCACCUGAUAUGUCAGGGUGGAAUCCUUUUGGAGAGGACAAUUUCUCCAAGUUAACAGAAGAAGAACUGUUGGACAGAGAAUUUGACCUUCUAAGAUCAAACAGGCUCAAGGAGAAAGCAUCCUCAGAUAAGAAUGUAGACCCACUUUCUGCUCCACAUAACCAUCCUCCAGAAGAUCCUUUUGGUUCUGUUCCUUUCAUUUCUCACUCAGGUUCUCCUGAAAAGAAAAUUGAACAUUCAUCCAUGGAUGAAGAAAACAGCUCUACAAUCCCUGUCAAGGAUAGAAAGACAAGUCCAUUAUCUAAAGACCACCGGGCUGGAAAGAAAAACUCAGUGAAUUCAUCACUACAGGGUCAAGUGCUGAAGGGAAAUGAUGAAUCUGAAAGUGAUUUUGAAUCAGAUCCCCCUUCUCCUAAGAGCAGUGAAGAGGAAGAGCAAGAGGAUGAAGAAAUUCUUCAGGGAGAACAGGGAGAUUUCAAUGAUGAUGAUACUGAACCAGAAAAUCUGGGUCAUAGGCCCCUCCUCAUGGACUCUGAAGAUGAGGAAGAGGAGGAGAAACACAGCUCUGAUUCUGAGUAUGAACAGGCCAAAACCAAGUACAGUGAUGGGAGCCCUGCCUACAGAGCCAAAUCUGGCAAUGGGCCAGUCCAGGAUCCUAAUGUAACGCUCAUCAGCCCAACCCAGCUACCCUGUGAUGCUGCAGUGCAGACCCCCAAAGACGAGUUUGACGUGUUUGGCGCCGUCCCCUUCUUUGCAGUGCGUGCUGAACAGCCCCAACAAAGAGAAAAUGAAAAGAACCUCUCUCAACAGACCUAUUUUCCUAGUGUGGGACUGGAGCAAGAGGAAUUUGAUGUAUUCACAAAGGCCCCCUUUAGCAAAAAGGUGAACAUACAAGACGGCCAUGCAGUGGGGCCUGAAGCGCAGACUCUCCCAGGUUGUCCCAAAAGUAUAGAUAUAUUUGGCUGCACUCCAUUUCAGCCCUUUCCCACAUCCACAAGUAAAAGUGACAUCCAUGAGGACAUUUUUGGGCUUGUGCCCUUUGAGGAAAUAACUGGGAGUCAGCAGCAAAAAGUUAAGCAGCGUAGCUUACAGAAACUGUCUUCGCGCCAAAGGCGCACCAAACAGGAUUUGUCCAAGAGUAACGGGAAGCGGCACCACGGCACGCCGACCAGCACAAAGAAGACCAUGAAGCCCACCUACCGCACUCCAGAGAGGGCCCGCAGGCACAAAAAGGUGGGCCGCCGAGACUCUCAAAGCAGCAAUGAAUUUUUAACCAUCUCAGACUCCAAGGAGAACAUCAGUGUUACGCUGACUGAUGGGAAAGACAGAGGGAAUGUCCUGCCUCCCGAGGAGAGUCUGUUGGACCCCUUUGGGGCCAAGCCCUUCCACCCCCCAGAUCUGCCGUGGCACCCUCCACAUCAGGGCCUCAGUGACCUCCGCACAGACCAUAAUCCCGUGCUGCCUGGGCGGCAAAGACCCAAUUCACUCCAUGGGUCAUUCCAUAGUGCAGAUGCGUUGAAAAUGGAUGAUUUUGGUGCCGUCCCCUUUACAGAACUUGUGGUGCAAAGCAUUACUUCACCUCAGUCCCAACAGUCCCAGUCAGUUGAAUUAGACCCAUUUGGUGCUGCUCCAUUUCCUUCUAAACAGUAGAUACUUCUGAUGGACUUGGUGUUAACCCCUGUUUCAAAAAAGUAUGAAUAGUUUUAUGAAUUUGAAAGAAAAUUGAUUUGUAUAGCCCUUUAUAUAAUUCAUUCUUACAGGUCAAUCAGAAUAGGUGAUUUUUAAAUAAACCAAAUAGAAAAAGGAAGUAUCUCUACAGGGUAGUGACUCGGUGUCUCUUCCACAGGAAGAGAGGGAGCAGAACUGGAAGCUCUGACCCAGGGUUUCAGCUACGGGCUUGAUGAGAGCACAGGCAUCCAGGGAAAGCAUGUGGCUUGUUUCCUGUUUUUUAGCCGCUGAAGAGGGACUGGGAAGCUGAGUUAUUUUUAUACUAGAAUGUCACUUUUAGGUGCAUGCCCUAGGCUCAUUCCAGAAGCCAGCAUUAAAGCUGAGGUUAUCUGUACAAAUACAGUUUGCACUUGUGGGCUUUUUAAAGAUCUCUUCUAAUUUCCACACAGUAAAACAACUUUAUUCUCAUAAAGAAUCAGAAAGUUACAAUCUGGAGAAUGCAGAGAUUUUAGUCCUUAUACCUUUCUCUACAAAGCAGAGCCAGAAGUAAUUAUUGUGCCUGAAACUUUUAUUUUUAAAAACAAGUGCCAUUAAUAUGGAAUAUCUACAUAGAAGCCUAGAACAAAAAGAAAAAAAAAAAACAAUACUUGAGGAAUAUUUAGUAUUCAGCUUUUGAAUAGCUUCUUCCUCAAAACUUACACUAUCAUGUCCCUAACAAAGUAGUUUAUUGAAAAACUGGGAGUGAGGACAAGGGUUAUACAGAAUUUUUAUUUCAGGAAAAAAAAUAUGUAGCUGAAACCCUGAGUUUUUCAGAUGUUUACAAUGUAAAAUCAUGUUGCAUUUAAUAAUGUACUUUAUUAAAUUACCACCUUCACCAAAUAUAUUCCCGAAGUCACGAGCGACAGUUUUUCAGUUAGGUUUGGAGGGCGGAGUAGUGUUAAUGAAGUGCACAGAGCAGUGAAAGCCACAAGCCUUACAUGCAGGGCUCUCAGCUCCUGCCGCAAGUACCUCGGCACUGGCACUGACGAACGAGAUCUUGACGACGGCUGUAAGUGUGAGAUGAUGAGGGACUCGUGUGUUAGUUAACUCUGCUGGUUGACUGUGUCUUUAGUGAAAAGAACCCAGCUAUCAAAUUGCCUUUUUUUUUUAUAUCACAAAUCCUAAUUAGAAACUUGAGAUUUUUAUAGAAAUUGUCUAAUGAGAUAGAAAUUAUAUAUAUGAAUGUGAAUAUAGUAUCUGUGCUUCUGUCUUCAAGUAUUUUAAGUUAUAAUACACUUAAAAUAACUGUCCUUCCCUAUAAUUGUCUUUCCCUAUCAAAUUAACACUUAGAAGUUUCUAGAACUGUUAAAGGUUAUUUAUGAAAAGGGUGGAAACUCUUAUCAAUUGGCACUCUCCUUGAUUGCUAUAUUUUAAAUUAAUUCUCUUUGAACCCAAUUAAAAUGUGUUUUAUGAGUAAUCAUAUUACUGAUAGAAUCCCUUAAUUAUAGUGUCCCAAUGGGGAUGAGCUAUGUGCUUGUUUUCACAGUUCUGAACUUGGAAAGAAGCAAGGUAUGUGUAACUAUACCAUAUAUUCAUUUUUUUUUAUUGCUUCUCUUUUCUGUUUUAAAACAAACAAAUUUGUGGACAAACAGGGAAGCAAUGUGUGAAUCAGAGCUAGCAGAGGCAGACCAAGCAUGACGUUACUGCUUCCGAGUUACACUCUUAGAGCCCGACUGUACCCACGACUGGUCCUGUGCCAAAGGCAAAUAGUGUGUUUGCACGUGUUGUCUUUUUUUUUUUUUUCUGACUCUCAGGUUGAUUAAUACUGCUAAUGCAAAUGCUUAAGUAGAUGUUUUAAAAAUCUUCACAAAGUAGAUUCAAGGGAUACUUUCUUUUAAAAGUGAAGACUUGAUGAUUACAUAUAGUAAACUCAUGAACUACCAAGUAGGUUUGUAUCAAACAGAAGAAUUGUUUUUUUUAAUGAUAAUCUGUUGGUUGAUGUGCAUAGUAUGCUUCUUUGACUAUUUUAGUCCUUGGCCUUGGUCUCUGCUAGACCUCAUGAAUUUUCUAUUUAGAAGGGCUGGUGGGUGAGUUAGUGCGGUCUCCGUAGGAUGUAAGCAUGAAAUAGCUAGACUCUGACACCAGGCCUUGCUUACAUUUUCUUUUCAUCAAUACACUGAAUAUUUUUUAAUGACUUAGACACUGACAGACACUUUGGCUUGUAAUGUUGGGUACAUUCUAAGGAAACAGCUUUGACAUUGUUUAAAAUACUUACAUUCUUAAGUUUCUUAUGUCACAGCCCAGUGACUUCCCUCUUUUCAGAUUAUAGCUCAGAGGAAACACUUAGGAUUCAGUGGGGGACACCAUGGGAUGGAAGUGGGGAGAUUCCCGUGUGCUGAGGUAGGGGCAUUUUCCCAAGCAGUGUGGGGUCAGGACCGCUCUCUGUCCUCAGUCAUCUCCUCCCACUUCUGUUAGCGUGUAGGUGACUCUGUGCAGCCGAUGUCCCAACAUUCCCUUAAGAGAAUUAUGAGAAUAACGCUCCAAAGGCAUGUGGAAAAGUUUAACAGCACCCAGUGAAAGUUUGGCUCUAAAACAGGAUGGUCCAAUUCUUGUUUGAGGAAGGAAGGGUGAAUAGAAAUUAUUUCCCUACUAUUAAUUAAGUGUCCUCUGUGCUUCUCUAGCAUGUUAAAUAGUUGUAACUCUAAACCUGUAAUACUUGAACAUCACUAAGGGAAGUUAAAUAUGAAGCUAGCAAAAAUCUGAGGCCAAAGUUAUUGUUUUUUGCCCUAACAGCUUUAAUCAUGCUUGUUGAUUUUGAGUAAUCUAUAGAAGUGGACCAUUUGCUUAAUUAUUUUAGUAGUGUCACUUCAGCAAAAUGUUAAUUUUAAAGAUUAACUUUUAUGGCAUUGAAGAAUGUAUCUGUUGAGACACAGAAGUUGCUUGGAAAUACAUAUUAAGUGGAGGAGGAAAGGUUGUAGGCUGCAUGAAAUUUUAACUGACUAGAAUAUUUAUUCAAAAGUAUCCGUCAGGGACAUGGUGUAAAUGUUCCACCGCCCGCCCCUCCCCUGUGUGUGUGCGCGUGUGGGCACAGCGAUGAUGAUAUUCAGGACUGUAGAUAAAAGCACCUUUUUGCUCUCCCCUGUUUGUUGUUUAACAGUGUGAUAGGCUGUUGUCCUCAUCUUGCUGGAGGAAAAGACUAAGGUGAGCCCACUCUUCUGCUUUGAUGUUCCUCAGGCAGGGUGGUUUUCUCACUAUUCAGCUACUCUGCUUAUUUUAGGUUUGGUACUGCAUAUAAGCAUUGCUAGAAGGUACAUGUGUAUGACUAUCACUAGUCCUGAGGAGUGUGGGUACAUUUAUUUUAAUAUAUGUAGAAUGUUCAUUACACCUUUUUUUAAGCAAAAUUAUUCAUUUUAGGUUCACUAUUGAGCAGACAAAUCUACUGUGAGAAUGAGAUGGUGUAUUUACUGUGAGAGUAACAGAAAUGAGUUUAUUUGAAAACUUAUACACACUGGUGUUUAUAUAUUAAGAUAAAUGUAUGCACACACACAUACACACACCUGCCACAUCUCUCUUCGGGGGAGUUAAUGUGAAUUUUUAGCUUAAAUAGAAUUGCACCCACAAUCAUUAUGAAAAGAACUUUCACUCCUACAGAGGGUUUACAGAAGCCACUAAAAGAAUAUGGUAGACAGGUGAAAACGCAAAGGGCCAUCAUUUAGGGUUAUUUUUAUUUAAAAACUUGCGCUACUUUUGAAAGAAUUGUUUUUAUUAUUAUACUCUUUGUGAUUGAAAGUCAUCUAAUAGUAAGCAGUGUGGUAAUAGUAAACUGCUUUUUAAUUGCUGGCAAACAGCUUUAAGUGCACUUUCUUUGAUUACACUUCCAUUUUCUGUUAAACUUGAAUUUUCUGAAGCCUUUUAUGUACCACUAAGCAAAUAAACUUUAACUUUUAAUAAGCCUGAUUUACAUCUUUAUUAUAUUUCUAAUUGUUAUAAAAUGUACUUUCUAAGUAACUUCAAUUCAAAUAUAGGUGGGAAACUGUUCUGAGGUAGAACCAGUUGCUUUUUUUCUUCCUAUAUCUACUUAAGCACUAACUGAUUUUACUACUUUGCCUUGACAUUGCUUAUUCCUAUUGGAUGAAUGCUGUCCCCCAUUCACUUUGUGUUGUUUGAAAUGUAAAGUUAUUUUCUUACUGUAUUUAUCAUACCUGUUUUAAUAAUCUGCUUUCUUUAAAUGCAAUAAAUCCCAAAUGAAUUGCAUAUUCUUUAUAA